AUGACCGAAGAAGUCAAGUCCAGUAGCCCCCCGCCAGCUGCUGCAGCACAGGAUCCCGAAGCCGUGAUCGAGGUCGAGGUCGACGACGACAUCGACUACGACCCGACGUACGGCGACGAGAACUCCACGGGCAGCACGUCCCUCGGAAGCAGCGCCCUCCGCUAUGAGUUCAAGCACGGCCGCCGCUAUCACAGCUACCAGGCCGGCCAAUACAGCUGGCCCAAUGAUGACACCGAGCAGGGCCGCCUGGACAUGAUCCACCACGUCUUCUACCGCCUGCUGGAAGACCGCCUCUACCUGGCGCCCAUCAACCCGGACCGCGGGCUGAAGGUGCUCGACAUCGGCACGGGGACGGGCCUGUGGGCCAUCGAGAUGGGCGACCAGCACCCGGGCGCCGUGGUCGUCGGCAACGACCUGAGCCCGAUCCAGCCGGACUGGGUGCCGCCCAACGUGCGCUUCAUCGUCGACGACGUCGAGCUGGACUGGGUCGAGGAGCAGGACAAGUACGACUUCAUCCACUGCCGCUACAUGGCCGGGUCCAUCAAGGACUGGCCGCGCCUGGUGCGCCAGAUCCACGCCCACCUCAAGCCCGGCGGCUGGGCCGAGUUCCAGGAGUCCGUCAACGUCCUCUACAGCGAGGACGGCAGCCUCAAGCCCGACGACCCCAUGGCGCUCAUGAUGACGCAUCUUACCGUAGCCUGCGACAAGAUCGGCCGCACCAUGGACCCGGCGCCCAGCUUCAGGCGAUGGGCUGAGGACGCGGGCUUCGCGCGCAUCACCGAAGACCGCCGCAAACUGCCGAUCGGUGGCUGGCCGAGGGACCCGAGGCUGAAGGAGGUAGGCACGCUGAUGGGCUUCAACUUUAUCGAGGGCGUCGCUGCCUUCACGGCCGUCUUGUUCUGCGACGUGUUGGGUUGGUCGAGAGAAGAGGUCGAGGUUUUCAAUGCCGAGGUCCGGAAAGCUUCGAAGAAUCUGGACGUUCACCCUAUUUUCGAUUUUCUUGUCGUCUCGGCGCAGAAAGCAGAGUAA